CAAUAAUCAGGGAGGGGAAGAAAUGGGCGAGGACGGAGGAGAGGCGAAAGCCGCGGCGGGGGCGGGGGCGAAGAGGGUGGUGGUAGAAUCACUAGGAUGGUUGACGGAAUCCUCAAUUAUGCCCAAAAAGCACAGGGCAAUUGAGGGCGUUGGAGCGUCGUCGAUAUUGGAGCUCAAAGCACAACUUUACAAGUCUCAGGAGGAAUCCAAGAGGGACCGCCUCUCAAGGGACCCCAUAUAUACUUCCGACCACCACCAUCUCGAAGUCCACCGUGCUAAGAAGAAGAUCACAGCAGACAAUCCUUUUUCGCACAGAAACUCCGGUGUUGAAGCACGCGCUGCCAAGGAUAAGCUGGAGUUAAAAGCUGUCAAUGAUGGAUCAGCAAGCUAUGCAGCAUUGGAGAGGAAAGCUGAGUUGUAUGAGAAGCUGGUCAGGGGAGAACUUUCUGACGAGGAAGAUAAAGAGAAAUAUUGUGUUGAUUUUUUCAGGAAGGGACUUGAGCAUGAUGAGUUGCAGCAGCCUCAAGGGCAUGCAUCUUCUAACACGGAAUGGCACGAUGAAGAUGGUGGAGAUGAUGGUUCUGUGGUUCCCAUCAUUAGACCUGUUGGACUUGGACAGACUGCUGCCACUGUGGACAGAAGUGAACAUAAGCGUUUUGUCAUGGAAGUGCAUGAAGAAGCAAAACUGGCGAGGGAAAAAGCAUCUGAUCUCAAAAUUAGGAGGCAAGAGCAAGCUGCGGCUCGUCAGGAGAAAUUAAAGCGGGCCUAUUUAAAAAAGCAGCUUGAAAAAUUGAAAGCUUCCUCUAAAGGAGACCAGAUUUGACCAACAUAGGAUCUGGAAAUUGAUCAUUACCUGGUGUUAAUGAGGGAUUGAAUGAGACUGAAGUUCAUCCAAAGUCAAGUCAGUGUUCCCUUGGUGAAAGCUGGGGCAUGAGAUCAAGCCUUGAAGACUUGUAUUACUAUAAUCCCAAUACCUGAUUGCCAGUGAAGGCUAUACCUGAGAUCGUCCAUUUUGUCUAUCCAUUGUUAAAGCAUCAGCAAGUUUAUGUAUUUAGGUGCUUUCAGUUCCUUUGAUCAUUCCAAUUUGAGGAAACUGGCGAGGAACUUGUUGAAAUGGACUGUGCCUGGAAGACCAACUGCAUUCAUAUUUGGCCUGAUGACGGAUAGAAAAGAGAUUACCUGUAUAGAAAAAAUGCAAAAGAAGUUGCGCAACGGAUAGUCCUCUGAAUGCGAGGAGAUGUAAUUGUUUUUUAUUGGUUUAAUGAUAAUUGAUUUCAUUGGGAUGGUUUUUUGGGGAUGAUAA